GUUGCAUCAUCAUUAGAUCGUUCCCGUUGAAGUCACGAUCAGCCACGCGGUAUUCCUUAAGAAGCCGGUGGGCCGCAGCGUGCAGACAUUCAUCAACAUGAAGCUCUCCGUCGCUCUUGUCCCCUGCUUGUUGGUGAUGGUUGCAUUCCACCCAGCCCACCAAGCGAAUGAUCCACUCGCAGUGCCGUGGUCAACCAGACAGGGUCUCCUUAAAAGCUGCAUCGCCUCCACCCAGUCCGUCGGCCACUUCGCUCAGAAUGUAAUCAACGAUUACAACAACUGCCACACUGCCGUGCUGCGAAGUUCCAGGAGCCGCCAACAGACUCUGCUGCUGACCGGCUACGUGUCCGGCAUGAUAGAGUGUGGGAGGGCGGCCGCCUCUUGGCAGUUGGGUUCUAUGGUAGGAGAUGUCAUGCUGUGUGUGGCUUUGACCAUUACCGCCGGCAAGUAAUCCAAGAAAUAAAACCUUAAAAGACGUCCCUA